GCACAUCGAACAAGUUGUCCUUUCUGGAGCAAAGAAAUCUACAAUAUCGCCUCCGAAAGAUCGUUUAAUAUCAAAUCCGUUUGACGAACCAUUAAUGCCGUUGACUAAGAAGGAAAUUAUGGACUUGCUAAGAUCAGAGGACUUGCUUGAUCCAACGGUUCGAAAUGAUAAACUGCGAAGGGAAAGCGAAGCAGAACUCAAGAAAUUCAAUGCUCAAUCAUUUGAAUCAUGUUAA